AUGAAACCGCUCGUCAUCAACACUCACGAUGACGACUCCAACGUUAAAACAAGAAAGCGCGAUAAGAUUCGAGCCUUCUUUUGUCUUUGCAAGUCCAAGCCCAAGCCCACGAAGGGCAAGGGCAAAAAGGCCUCCGAGGGCAUCAGUUAUAGUGAUCUUCCCGGCACCGUGCAGAAUGGGUCUGCAUCCCAACCGUCAGCAAAGCCAAUCUCUGCUGUUACCCAGGUCGACAACUACUCAGGUGUCGGCAACGCCACUCUUCCUAAUAACACUACACAGGAUAAGCCUGCAUCCCACCAAGUCGACAACGGUUUCUCAGGCGACUACCGCUCUGUUCUUUCCAUCGGCACAGCACAAGACGGGCCCGCAUCCAACCAAUCGUCAAAACUCUCCUCCAUUGUCGCCCAGGUCAACAGAUACCGCUCAGUCCACAACCAAUCCUAUUCAUCUCCGACCAAACAGGAGUACUCUGUGCCGCUGCGUCCAAGGCGUUCACUCUCUGUCCUUUCUCAAGGCAACAGCGACUUCCUAGAAAGCAGCCAGUCUUUCCUGCCCUCCAUCGAGCAAAAUCGGUCUGCAUCCCGCCAAUCGGCAAGGUAUCCUUCUGCCACCACUCCAGUCGAAAGCCAGCCCCCGCAAAGUAGCAAGUUUGUCCUGUCGUCCGGUAGCGUGCAUGAUGAGUCCUCCUCCACUGUCACUCAAUUCGACAACGUGCCUUCAGACAAGCAGUCAUUCCCCAUUGUGACUCAGAUGGAUAGCGAGUCUCUAGGCUACAUCAACUCUGUUCUUUCCUCCGCUACCCUGCAAGAUGACUCUACAUCCCAACAUUCGGAGAGUUCCUCCUCCAUUGCCACCCAUGCUGGCAACGAACUUUCAGACAACGGCAGCUACACUGCUCCCUUCGAUUCAGUGCAAGAAGAGUCACCACCAAUAAGCUUCUCCUCCACCACCACCAAAGUCAACGACGAUCUCUCAGCCGACAGAAACUCUAUUCUUUCCUCCGGAACCCAGAAACAUGAUUCUAUCGCUGCUCAAGAUGACAGCGAGUAUUCAAGAAACAGCAAGUGUGUUCUCACUCCCACCACCGUGCAAGAAGAGCCUUCAUCCCAGAAACAGGCAAAGCCCUCAUCCAUUGUUACCGAAAUCAAAAUCGACAACGAUUACUUUAACUGCAAGUCUACUAUUUCCCCCGGCACCGUACAGUAUUUGUCUCCAUCCUUACUGCGACAACAAUCGCGUAUUCUCUCUGAAGUCAGCAGCGAGAUGUCACCUUCCGAGCCACCCAUUCCACCCAAAGGACCCAGAGAGUCCAGAACAGUUCAGGAUAUGAAUGCUAUGAGCGAGUCAUUGAACACGUUAUCCCCAGGCCUCGACCAUUCCUCACUUGACGAUCGACCAUUCUUGUCCAGAACCGUUCAGGACACAUAUGCGAUGGAUCAACUCCACCAUCCGUCGUCUACUAUCUCUCGGGGUAAUCGUACCCCGCUAGCCAACAACCGACCUGUUGCCCCCGUCGCCAGCCAGCCUGUUCCAUCCAGAAAUAGCCAGCAGGCUCCCUCUGUUGACAGCCAGGUUUUCCCCUCUAGCGACAAUCGGUCUGUGUCCUCAUGCGACAGCCGCUCUAUUUACUCGUGCGAAAGCCAGUUCACGUCUAACAGCGACAUCAAAUCUGCUUUCUUAUACGACAACCAGUCUCUUCCCAUCAACAACAACCAGUCUAUUGCCUGCGGUGAUAUUCAGCCUGUCCCCUCCAACGCUAAACAAAAUACGUAUUUGCCACCACUCCCAACUGUGGCCCAAGCUUUAUCAACUCUUCCCAAGGAGCAGAUCCAAAGCUACACUGCGCAGCAGACCAAACCACCAACUCUUGACCCACAUUCGCCCAUCGGAGAAGUCUUGGUUGCCGCAUUCACUUCCGAUGGUCGACACAUUCUUACCUGCCCCCAUCACCAAGGUCUAGAACAGUGGGACUCUCAGACAGGGGCUCGUGUGCCUCUUCCUCACGAGAUGACAGGCGGGGUUUGCGCGUUCAAGAUUUCACCACAAGGCGCCCAGGUGGCGACUGGAUGCUUCGAUGGAUCGAUUCGACUAUGGCGAGGUCAGACCUAUGCAGCUGAGCGGGUUCUCUUGGGACAUACUCAUGCCAUCUCCAAAUUGGUCUAUUCACCCUGUGGUCGAUGGCUCGUCUCUUGCGACACUCACGGAACCGUACGAUUGAGGGACCUCCUCGACCUCGACGACCAAGGGGAGAUUGUCGAGACGGGAGCUGGAAACAGCAUCUUCAAAGACGUGGUCUUCGGUCCUGCCGGACAUGAGUUCACGGCCCUUUCUGCUGGUUUUGUUCGCUUCUACGACCCUAGAAAUCGGAAUCCUUGCACAAUUACACAGAAUGCAACCUUGGGUAAUCCAAUUCGCCCACUCGACUAUUCUCAGGAUGGCCUCCGUUUUGUCUUUGGUUCGGGAUCUAGGAACUACUCCGUGCACGUUCAUGACCCUCAAUUGGAUAGUAACUUUGAGCUGGUGGGGCAUGGUCAUGAAGUUGUCUGCGCCGCCUUUUCUCCCUGCGGCAAGCGGAUCCUCUCUGGCGGUCGAGACAAGACGGUCCGUCUCUGGUUAGACAAGGUCGACAGUUGGUCCUGUGCUGCUGUCGUCAGAGGAUGUUCAGAGGCCAUCACAUGUCUUGCAUGGAACCCGGUGACCCCCAGGGAGUUUGUCAUUGGUUGUCGUGAUGGGUCUGUACAAGUCUGGAGGCUGUCGGGUGCUGAAGCAGGGGACAUGUCAGUUCGUAUGGUCUGGGGCACCGAUGUAACAAAUCUGACAUCCAAGGAUACUGUUGGCUUUGCACUUUGCUGUAUGAUCCGCAAGAGCUGA